AAAAACAUUCCUUCUUGUAAAUCCUUCAAACUUAAUCAAACAUUCUCACCAAAAUCCUUCAUAACCCACAUAUUCACCAAAAAACUUAACCCCCAUUUCCCAUAUUACAAAAUAACAAACAGAGCACGGAAAACAGAGCAUAAAAACUAUAGGGAAAAAUAAAAAUGAUGAACAAGAUGAAACAAUUACACAAACAAUCAAUGCCAACCCAUCAAAACUCACCAUACACACCCAAAUCCUUAAAAAAUCCACCUACAAGAUCCAUUUCAAGACCCAUUAAUUACAUUUUCAAAGAACAAAGAUUAAUCUUUAUUUUAAUAGGUAUCAUAAUAGGCUCUGUUUUCUUUGUAUACCAACCCUCUUUGUCAUCAUCUUCAUCAACAAAGUUUGAUAAUUUUAAUAGUAGGAAAGAAAUCCCAUCAUCAAUUCGGGCCAUUUCGUUUUCUCAACGUCGAACAGGCCGGGUUCCGGUUGGCAUUGCCCGAAAAAGAUUGCGGGUUGUGGUGACUGGUGGGUCAGGGUUUGUGGGUAGUCAUUUGGUUGAUAAGUUGAUUGCUAGAGGUGAUGAUGUUAUUGUCAUUGAUAAUUUUUUUACUGGAAGGAAAGAAAAUGUGGUUCAUCAUUUAGAUAACCCGAGAUUUGAAUUGAUUCGACAUGAUGUUGUUGAGCCGCUUUUGUUGGAAGUUGAUCAUAUAUAUCAUUUGGCUUGCCCUGCUUCCCCUGUUCAUUAUAAGUAUAACCCUGUCAAGACUAUUAAGACAAAUGUGAUGGGAACCCUAAACAUGUUGGGACUUGCUAAGAGAAUUGGAGCGAGGUUUUUGCUUACAAGUACCAGUGAGGUUUAUGGAGACCCUCUUGAACAUCCUCAAAAGGAGACAUAUUGGGGACAUGUGAAUCCAAUAGGUGUUAGAAGCUGCUAUGAUGAAGGGAAAAGAGUAGCUGAAACAUUGACCAUGGAUUAUCAUCGAGGCGAUGGUCUUGAGGUCCGAAUUGCACGUAUAUUUAACACAUAUGGGCCUCGGAUGUGCCUGGAUGAUGGCCGUGUUGUUAGCAACUUUGUUUCACAGGCCAUUCGCAAACAACCAAUGACGGUUUAUGGUGAUGGAAAACAAACAAGAAGCUUUCAGUAUGUUUCUGACUUGGUCGAUGGACUAAUGGCACUUAUGGAAGGUGAGCAUAUCGGACCUUUCAACUUAGGCAAUCCUGGAGAGUUUACCAUGUUAGAGCUUGCUCAGGUUGUGAAAGAAACUAUUGAUUCGAGUGCCACAAUAGAAUUUAGAGAGAACACUGCUGAUGAUCCUCAGAUGAGAAAACCAGAUAUCAGCAAAGCAAAAGAACUGCUAAACUGGGAGCCCAAGGUACCACUCCGAGAGGGUCUACCUAAAAUGGCGUCUGAUUUCCGAAAUCGCAUUUUAAAUGAAGAUGAAGGAAAAGGCAACAAAUAAGAAGCGACCAUUCAAAGUAUGUAUAGAUACAACAACACAUAUCUAUAGUUUUGUUUAACCCUGCAACGAGUUUCUUCCAAGGUUGGGAUUUUGAUCUCCAUCCCAAAUAUACCUUGAUUUUUGGUAUUGGUUCCCAUGUCUAUACGUGUCUUUAAUCCUUCUAUACAUUCAUAGCCUCCGAUGAGGUUUAGUUUCACCGUCUCUAUGAUCUUUUAUUCUUUUUGAUGUGAGCCCUUGGGGGCCUGUUUUCUUAGAUUAGUCAGAUUUGGUGUAUCAUUGAGAAAGGAUUAUAAAUUUGAAAUAUAUGCUGUUAGUUGCUUUAAAAACUUCUUUACUAGCAG